UUUGCUGUUCAUGAAUUUGCUACAGAAUAUGGAAACACAUCAGGGAAUCGAAUGUAUAUUCUUUAGUGAAUUUCAUCCAACCUUGGGACCAAAGAUCACAUAUCAGGUUCCGGAAGAAUAUAUUUCGAGGGAGCUGUUUGAUACUGUGCAGGUGUACAUUAUCACCAAACCAGAACUGCAGAACAAGCUCAUAACAGUGACUGCCAUGGGAAAGAAGUUGAUAGGCUGUCCAGUAUGCAUCGAGCAUAAGAAAUACAGCCGGAAUGCCUUACUCUUCAACUUAGGUUUGGUAUGUGAUGCCAGGACAAAAACAUGUGCGUUAGAGCCUAUUGUCAAGAAGCUAUCCGGCUACCUAACAACUCUGGAGCUUGAAAGUGGAUUCAUUUCCAAGGAGGAGAGUAAACAGAAGCUGCUGCCUAUCCUCUCCACACUUAUGGAGAAACUUAAUGUUAAAGGAGCCUGCACCCUACCUAUUGAUGACUCCAAUACCAUCCACCUGAAGCUGAUUAAACAAAGAAAGGAUCCUCUGGUUGUUCAGGAGUAUGAUGUGCCAGUGUUUACUAAGAAUAAGGACUACUUCAUAAAGUCACAGUGGGAUCUCACCACUCAACAGAUUCUGCGUUUUGUAGAUGGCUACCGGCAUAUUCAGAAGAUCUCUGCUGAGGCUGAUGUUGAGCUUAAUUUGGUGCGGAUUGCUGUUCAGAAUUUAUUAUAUUAUGAAGUUGUAACACUGGUAUCAAUAUUUCAGUACUCAAAUGUUUACUGCACAACACCUAAAGUUCACAACUUAAUAGAUGAUAAAGACCUUCAGGAAGAGUGUCUAUCUUACGUCAGUAAGCCAGGCCACAGGACAAGUCUUAGGGAUGUGUUCCUGUUGUAUUGUGGUUUAACCCCGGGUACAACUGUGCGUGAUCUGUGUUCUCGCUAUUCUCACCAGCUGCAGAGGGUAGAUGAAAGGAAGUUAAUACAGUUUGGCUUGAUGAAAAAUCUAAUUCGCCGGCUGCAGAAGUAUCCAGUCAAGGUUGCUAGAGAUGAUAGGAGCCGUCCACCCAGACUUUAUACUGGCUGCCAUAGUUACGAUGAAAUCUGCUGCAAAACUGGAAUGAGUUACAGGGAGUUAGAUGAACGCUUGGAGAAUGACAUUAACAUUGUUGUUUGCUGGAAAUAAGGUAGUAUAAAUAAGACAGGAGUAUGUCAUGUGAUUUACAACAGAAAAGUAAUACAUUUAAGAAAAGAUUGGUUCUUGCUUUAAAACACUUUACUUUGUUCUGUACCUUGAUCUAUUUAAUCAUCUGCCACAGUUAAUAUUGGAUGUUAUCGCAGAUUAAAAUUAGAACAUGCGAUUGUGUUAAUUGUAAUUACAUGCUUGAAUCACUUAAGUCCUCAAAGUUUUUUAUGAGAAAGUAAUUUUAUGAAAAAAAUGUAUGUUCUUGUUGCUUGUUGUGGCAACACCUUGCAAUAAGGUUAUUUUGGUUAGCAUUAAUUAAUUUAUAUAAAAAAAGACUAAUUAAUACUUUUGUUCAUUGUUAACUUAAGCUUUUGCAUCAACUGAUGUUUAUAAAUGUAACUUUGUAAAGUUUUACCCAGUAUUAUAAUAAAAAAAAACAAAUCAACACAUUGAAGAAAACACCAGUUU